GCUUGCUUACUGGUUGUUUUUGUUAGCUGACAGCGCUAGUUCUCCGUUAUUUCUCUUACAUAAUAUUUUGCUUAUUUCAUCUAAAGGACGUUAUUUACGUGACGUUGACGAUAGCAAUGCCAUUAGUAUGCAUUAUUUACUCAUUGUUAGUGGUUUCUGUUAUGAUAAUUUAGCAGCUGGGAUAACCAUUAGCUCUUUAAUGUGCUAACAGGACAACAAAGCUAACACAAAAGAGGUCAUGAUGCUGUUCAGAUGUUGCUCGUGAGCAAAACAGGAGAACAACAUGGACCUCCACAAAAUCAUCCACAGUGCGCUGCACGAAUUUAUCCAGACUUACAUUCCUGAUGCAGAUCUCAGCACACUGGAUGAUGUUCUUCUGUCGUACAUCACUGGAGUCCUCGAGGACCUGGGGUCUCAGCAGAGCGUUGAGGAGAAUUUCGACGUGGAGGUCUUUGGAGAAAUGCUGGAAGCUUACGUACCUGGGUUUGCCGAAAUUGACAGUGUCAAGGUUUGUGAAAUGAUGUUUAGUCUGGCUUCAAAACUGGCCACUGCUCGGACAUUGGCUAAUAAAGAAAACAGUGUGCCUAAGACAGGAAUAGAAGAGGUUUCUUUGAAACUUACUGCCCUGACCAGUCAACCAGCACCAGGACAAGAACCUCAGUGCCUUAAAACACAGACAGAGGGCGCUACAGCCAAGCUGUCUGAGUGGGAGACCCAGGAGCAGCACCUUCUGGAGAUGUUUCCAAAGUGCCGUUUGUCAGAGGCUCGAAGCGCCCUUUCCAUUGCUAAAGGGGACAUGGAGGAAGCAGUGCGCCUUAUCAUAGAGGGCGAUGUCCAGCUCAGCCCCACUCCUCUUAAUGCAAACCAAGGGAAGAGCAUUUCCUCACUUGCAGACCAGAAACUUAAAGAGAGCAUCCUUGAGAAGUACAUGCUAGUGGACAGUGAGGAAGAUAACAAAACACAUCGGCCCGUUCCCCCCAAAGACGCUCCAAAGAAGCUUGUUCGCUACCAUGGUAACCAGGUGGUUACAACCAAAGGAGAGAGAUAUCAACUUGUGAAGAAAAAUGAGACAGAGGACAUGAAGAAGACCUACGUCAACCUGAAGCCGGCCCGAAAGUACAGGUUCCAUUGAUGACGAGUACAGCACUGUACAAGCAGCUAGUUACAGCAUUGUUUACACUACUUCUUCUUUAUCCAUCUCCUUUAACCUGAACUUGAUGUAUUCCCCCCGCCCCCGGAAUAGAAAGCGUUUUUCAGUGGCAGUGGCUUAUUUUAAAACGUUCUUAACCAUCAUGCCUUGGAUAAAACCUUUGUUUUGUUUUUUUUAGUUGCAUCGCUGUUGCUUUUGAAACAUUUUUGAUAGUUUUGUCAUGCUGUUGUAACUGGUGUUUUUGCUUGUGUAACAAACACCCUAUCUGAUUUGUUUUUGGCCACCUCAGCAGGUCUGAUGUCGCACUGACAGCUUUGUUUUUUUUGGGGGGGCGACAUAAAAACUUGUGAACAUUUCUAUCAUCUUGUGGUGCUGUCCAAGUGGUGCUGUCGAAGUUGGUUUUGGACAUGUCUUAGUAUUUGAUUUCUUUUAAGCUUUCAUCAAUUGAUUUUUUAGUCUCAUCAUAUACCAUCAUUGCUCCAAGUUCUUUCUUGUAGUGAUGAAGGCUUUACCAGAAAGCUACAUUAAAAAAUGUGUAAGUUUGCUGCCCAGCAAGUAGAUUUUUCUAGAAGUGAACAAACUAUAACCCCUUCUUGUGUAGAAUAUCAGAAUAGAGGAUUGUGGGUUUCCCCAAAAUACUCAGUAAAAUAUGAUCCUGAUGGGCUUCAUUUUAAAGAUCAGAAUAUUUAUUUUUGAUAUAUAAAUGUUUCAAUUUGAAAAAUCUUAAAUCCUGUGGAACUGAAUUUCUGAAAUAAGUUUCUUGGCUUCAUAAAAUGUACAUGGCAAUGAUUUGCAAACCAACUCUAAGCCCUUAGUUUCAUUUAAAAUAGCAAUGGAAAUGGCACAUCUGAUUUCCACAUUCAAUUUGAUCUAUCUGUAAUAUUUCAACAGACACCCCAACAACUGUACGUGCUAAAACAUUAUCAGGUGUUACAAUUUCCUUAGCCUCAAGAAAACAGUAAAUCUUCAUAACUGAUAAUGCUGUAUGGGUGAAGAAGUAACCAAUGCAUCUAGUAGCAUAAAGGAAAGAUAGUGUUAGGCACAGGUGCGUUUAGGACAAACAACCUGGAUUGCAUAUUUAGAAAUCGCUACGAUCAGUGAAAAUAGUUUAUGGUUGCAGAUAUAAAUAAAAAUUUAAACUCUACAUGCAGUAAAAGAAGUACAUACAAAAAAGAUAUAGAAAUAUUACUUAAGACAUUUAAGUUAUUCUAAAAAAAACACUACCAACAUGGGAGGCCCUUUGUUGGCAGCUUAAAAUAAAAAGCAAAAUUAGGAUAAUGUGCGCAAAACAGCAGUUUGAGCCCUUGGUCUCUAAACACAUUUCUGCGUCACGAUAUGUAAACAUCAAAUCUCUAUCUAUAGGGUUUCUACAGGGUUUGCAAAUCAUUGUUUUAUUUAGCUUGGAAAUUGGACUGUGUUAGCAAAGAUUUAAGGUAGUGUGCUUUCAGGUAAAAAAAAAUACAGCUGUGGUUCUCAUCUCAUUCGUGUCUGUGUGUGAAUUUUGCUUCACUUGCGACUGUAAAAAUGGGUGAACUCUUUUAAUGUUAAUUGUACCUUUAGCUGAUCUGAUUUUCUUUCCCAGGAUUUUACCUAUUUAGUGUAAGUAAUACACAGCUAUUUGAAAACUGUGAUAUAUUGUUUCCCUGACUGUAGUAUAACAGAACUGGAUGUUAAGAUGAUGUGAUGUUAUAUUUAUCAUGCAAUGGUGUUACUGUUGAGCUUGGAGUGGACCUCUCUGAAACUGUUAGCAGAUUUAUUUUCUAUCAUGAUUUGAAGAAAUGCCUGAUAAACAGUUAAUAGUAAAUCCUAAUUUUUGUAGGCUACCAUCAAUACAAGUUAUUCAGAUAAAUCGGAGUGAAACAUUUUACUCUGCAUAUUCAGUUGUUUCCAACUGACAGGGUUCCUACACAAUCUUGGAAAGUAUGGAAUUAGCUUUUUUCAUUUUCAAAUCAAAAAUCGAGUUUGGAGAAAUUUUUUUCAAGACUGUUUUUCCUCCUUCCAUUUUCUAAACGACAAAGGCCUAUUAAUGCUUAAUAAAUGCAGUUGUUUUACAUAAAA